AUGGACAGAAAACUUUUGGUAAACCCAGUAGAGAUGGAAAAGAAGUUAUUAAUGUAUGGGAAAACUUUGUUUAUUAAUGGAAAAUUGCAUUAUGGAAGUCUAGCGUGGACUGAAAUAAGCAAUGAAAUGAACAACGUAGUCAAACCUUAUAGUUUAUAUUUGAUUGUGUCUCAAAAUCGAUUCAACAUUUUGAAUAAUUUAAAGAAAAAUUUUUUUCCACAAGAAACAUCUUAUGACGAUUGUGAAAAUAGUAAUCCAAAAUAUGAAUCGAAUACGGAAAUCAGUACUACAUCGGACUAUGAGACAGAUUCAGAUACAGAACUAAAAAAAAAUAUCGUGUUAGAUUUAGACAUUCCAUAUGAUACAUAUUUCAAAAUGAAACCUAUAAAUGUACAGUAUGGUAAAGGUAAUAAGAAAAGAAAUUAUAGUGGUAUAAAACCAGGAACAUGGACAGAUUUAAUAUUUGAAGAAAUGUAUAAAAAGUUCAAGUUACCAUGCUCUUUUAUAUUUAAAAGGUGUAAAAUGUAUCCAACUUCGGAUAGUACGUUCCUUAAAAUUUUCGGAAAAUGCAAAGAUAAAAAUUGCCAAAGUAAUAUGUAUGGUUUCGCUGAUAAGAAACCUUUAGAAGAUGAACCUCUAAAAUUAAAAAUAUGUAUUCCGAAUUCUGCAAAUAUUAAACAUGCAUCUAAUUCCAAACGACCUUUAGGAGGAGAGCUACGGAAAGUUAUAGGCAAAGAACUUCAAAAUACGGAAGGCUACUUAAUGCGAAAAGAGCUAGUAGCUAAAACUAUGGCGUUUGGAGAAAAAAUUCCUCCACACGUUUACUCUACUGAAGUGCUAAGAAAAGCAAAGCAAAAUUAUAGAGAUAAAAGCCUUGGAAUUGAACUAACCGAUCCUAUAAAUUCUCUAAUUGAAUUAAAAUAUUUAAUGCCAUAUGCGGGGUCCAUCCAUCUUAUAAGUGCCGAUCCAUUAAUCGUACAUUAUUGGUCGCCGGAACAACUUUUGGUAUUUAAUGAAUCUUCCAAAAGUAAAGUUAACAAUUGCCGAUUGUGUAUUGAUGCAACUGGCCAAUUAGUAAAAAAAAUGAAUAGGACAAGUCAGGGUUUAAAGUCAUCACAUAUAUUUUUGUAUGCUGCUGUUUUACAUAAUGGUUUAUUUCAAACACCUGUGUCUCAGAUGUUAUCAGAGGCACAAGACAUGUCAAAAAUAUCCUAUUGGCUAAAUCAGUGGAUAAGAAGUGGAGCAAAUUUACCACAUGAAAUUGUAUGCGAUUAUUCGUACGCUCUCAUCGGAGCCAUAACAUUUUCGUAUUGCCAAAUGUCAAGAAGCCGUUACUGUGAUAUAUGUUUGAGAGUAUUACAGAACAAAGAAACAUCUACUCCUGCUUUUUUUUUACGUCUGGACAUAGCUCACUUUAUUAAAAUGAUAUGCCGCUGGAAGUGUUUGGGAAAAGGUAGAAUAAAAGAAUUUUUCGUAAGGUCAUUAAUAAUUUUAGUUGAAUCAGAAACGUUACAACAGUUUGAAGAAAUAUUUGUGAAAAUUAUUGUCAUCGCUUCUUCCGAAACCGAUGGCUUAGAACUUGGUUCAACUUCAGUCCCUGCACCAGCUGAAUUAUUCCGGUCUCAUAUGAUUAAUAUGAUUAAAGAUACAAACCUUCUAAGUUCUAAAUGA